GUCGACCAUCAUUUACCAAGAUUAUUUAGAAAGAACAAUGACUAGCUUAACACCAUAAAAUUAUUCAUCCGCACCGCACCUGUUGGUUUAACAUUUGAAAAUCAUGAAACUAAACAUUCGUAAAGUUGUCUGAAGCGUUUUUAAUCAUUUCUUAAUCAGUUGGUAGCUUUGACAAAAGCUUUGACGAAAAGUAUCCACUGAUCCAUAACAAGAUGGCGAAUCCAAGAGGAUUUUAUUUAUGCACAAGUGGUAAAAAAAUACGAGUGGACGAUCUAGCAUAAAAUACAAAGUACACACAUAGGUUUUUAAUAUUUUAAGAAUUAGAACAACUUCAAUAGGAAUAUUUAGGGGAAUAUUUCACUCUUACAAAAAUAUGAGAAAGAAUAAGAUAAUAUCUCGUUUUAAUAAUCUAUUGCCAUGUGUUGCUUUAUAUAUAAUCUAAUAUUUUAUAAAUAAUCAAAGGUGAGAAACACAAAUUAAAAACCUCAUGAAUGAUCGAUAUCGCAAGGAAAAGUCAACGUUUAUAAUGUUUAUCCAUAGUACAUUCGCCCAUGAUCCAGAUCCAUAUUGGAAGGAAAAGUCAACGUUUAUAACUUAAGAGCAAGUUCAAAAUGCGCAAGUGGACUAGUAUUGAAUUCCAUUAUUCGCCCAUGAUCCAGAUCCAUAUUGGAAGGAAAAGUCAACGUUUAUAACUUAAGAGCAAGUUCAAAAUGCGCAAGUGGACUAGUAUUGAAUUCCAUUAUUUCCCUAACCUCUUUCUAUAAAAGGAACAUAAAAUCAAAACAAUAAUAUCAUACACACACACACAAAAGAAGCAAGAAAGUGAGAAAUAAACAAACACAAAUAUGACAACAUCACGAUUGAUCAUGAUCACUUUCUUGGUCGUUGUAAUAACAACAUCAUAUGUUGUUAUUGGAGAUGGGAACGACGUAGUUUAUUCUGCAGACGCAGGGCCAGUCUUGCCCAACGUUACCUAUUACAUCAGCUUCAUGUCGUCCGACUACAACAUGUGGAUUUGCCGAAUGAAUGCGAGAUCAACAGAUCCCAGAACAUGCCCACACCAACCGGUAAUGUUCACUAGACCAACCAUAACACCAACGCCUGUUAUGUUUAUAUUACCAUCAUCAACACCAGACACUACUGUCAUACGUGAAUCAACUAAACUUAGCAUCAAGUUCGCAAAUCCAAGCCAGUGCGGUGAAUCAGGGGUUUGGAGAGUAGCAAAUGGUGAAGUAGUUCUUAACGGAGUUGAGUCAAGGGAAGAUAGUUUGUUCUCAAUCCACAUGACUGACUCAUAUUACAAGUUUACUAUCGGUGAGAGUGUCUAUCCAGACGUUUAUGCAACGAGUAUCAGUUUAUCUAACGAUAGAUAUGGUAAAGAUAGGUUGAUAGCGAAGCAGCCUUCUGGAGAGAUGGAGGUUCUUUUCUACCAAAAUUAUCCACCUGAAUAUUAAGUCACAUAUUUUGUUUUUACCUGGGGCUUUAUUAUGUAAUAUGUUUUCAUUUCUAAAUUAAAUAAAACUUUUUGUAAACAUAUGA